AUGUCUGAACAAGAAGUUAAAGAAUUGCCAACCGAAACAAAAGAGAAAGUUGCCGUUGAAACUAAAGCUGAAGAUACUAAAACAAGCUCAAAGGGUAAUGAUGCUGCACAGGAAGUAACCAAUGCUGACACCUCAACAACUGAAAGCGUUAAAAGAAAAGAUCCUAUUGAAGCUACUGGUGAACCAAAAAAGAAGAAAAAGAGAAGAACAUAUGAUGAUGAAGACGAACCAGAGAAAAAGCAUGAAGAAGGUGAAGCCGGAGUGAAUGAAGAAGGAGACGAAGAAGAUGAGGAAGCUGAUGCUGAUGCUGAAGAACAAGAAGAGGGCGACGAUGACGACGACGAUGAUGAAGAUGAAUACGAAGGUGAGGACGACGGUGAAGAUGAAGAAGAGGAAGAGGACGAACUCAAUGAAAUUGAUACUACAAAUAUUAUCACAACUGGAAGGAGAACAAGAGGUAAGCAAAUCGAUUUUAAAGACGCUGCAGCAAAAUUGGAUGCAGAGGAAGCCAAAAAGUGA